UAUCAGCUUCGAGUUUGGCAAGCGAUAAAGAAAUUAAACAAGAAUGAAAUUGGAAAAACAGAGUAUACGAUUAUUAAAUCUUAUAUCAAAAAAUUCAGAGAGCAAUAUACAAAUCAAUGAUGGAAGAAGAGAUGGACAAGAAUUAGAGAUGAAAAGUCAAGAUGAGAUUAUAGGCGCACUAACAAGUCCCAAAAUACCUUUGAUUUUGACAAUACCAAGAAGUAAAGAAGAAAAUGAAGAAUACAACAGCUUGAAUACAAAUUUUAGUAAUAGAAUUAAUGAAAUCGAAGAAUCAGCAAUGGCAUCAAGUGCAAUCGCGAAAGAUGAUAAAGUUGUGGAUAUAGAGGACGAAGAUUUGAAUGAAAACAAAAAGCGUGUUGUGAAAAAUCAGGGGAGUCGAGACAACCCAGAUAGAGUAUAAACCAAUAUAUAUGUUUUUAUUCUUAAGAAAUACAUUGCAGAAAUUUUUAUAAUCGAAACCAUAUCGUGACUAAGUCGAAAAUUUAUUGUAGACCUUAUAUCCAAGAUUUGGCCACGAUAUGGUUUCACAUCAUCACGAUAAGCUUAAGUUGAUCGUAUGUAUAAAGUUGAUGUAUAUUAAGGAGAUCAUCACCUGGUCAUACAAAAAUUGUAGAAAUCGUAAAGUUAUGUUAAAGUUAUAGUCAAGUUAUAUUAAAUGUAUAUUUAAGUUAUAGUCAAAUUGUAUUAAAUGCAUAUUAAAGUCAUAUUAUGUAGAUAGUAAUUAAAUAGUAUAAUUGUAUUAAAGUUAUAGU